UGGCUGUCUGUCAUGUCAUUUUAGUUUUGUAGAAAAUAAUGAAAAGAAGUUAUUAUUGUGUGUAAUAAAAUUAUUUUCUUGAAACAUGUACAAGAAGAAUAGUUUUCCAAUAGAUUUAAGUGAAAAACCUGUUAGCUAUAGUUAAAAUUAUCUACGUGUAAUGAUAAACCAAAAGCAUAGUUAGACGAUGGCGUCCGAUAGUGAAAUAUCGUGUACGAAUGAUCCUAAUUUUGCUGUUAUUUAUUCCUUUUUAAAAGUUUUUGGCAAAUUGUAUGGUUUAGAUGUGCCGACCAUAGCAAAAUUUCAGGAAUUUAUAGAAAACACUCAAGAGGUUUUGGAUCCGCUAAAAGAAAUACAUGUGAGAUUACUUCGGCGUGCAUUAAAAUCCGUACAAAGCAAUAAAUGGGAGCGAAGCCUGAUAAAGUUUUGUCAUCAACAUGGACACCAUCAAGAGGCUUGGGAAAUGGAAAGGUUUUCAUACAAGAAGGCCAGUGCUCAAGUGAAAUUGAAAGUUCUAAAGCUUCUUUUGGAAUAUCAGUUUACUUGUCAUCCAAAAUUCAAGUCGGCUGUGAAUGCUCUAUCAUGCAAAGACCUUCGAUUAGAUCCCAUCGGGAGGGAUAAAAAUGGUUGUGUAUACUGGUACCAAGUGGAUGAUGAUGCUAAUUUGUGUCUGUAUAAGGAGGACCAGGAUGAAGAAACUUGGCAAAUAGUGGCUAGAAAUCGUGAAGAGCUAGUGAAAGUAAUAACACAGUUGAAAAAUGGUGAAGAAGUUUGUCCAUUAGUAUCCUCUAAUGCAAAUGAAGACUCAAGUAGUGCCGAUUUACCAGCACAGGCAGAGGUAGCAGAGAUUCCCAAACCUGAAGAAGAUGAAGAUGCUGAAGAGGAAUUCUUAAGUCCUGAGUCUGAAUCAGAACAAGAGGCCGAAACACAAAAUGAAAAGGAAAAAACUCCUGUAAGAGAUAAACAAGAUGAAUUAAAGCCAAAAGAAUUAAUAGAAGAAAGUAAAGAGGAAUCUCAAGAAACAAAAGAUGUUGAAAGUAAAGAUAAUGUAAAGGAGUCUGAUGAAAGUUUAAAUUCAGUAUCAGAAAGUAUUAAUUCAGAUAAAAGUCCUAAGCAAGAAGAGAAUGUUGAUGAUAAUAAGAAUGAAGAAAAUGAAUCCUUAAGCAAAGCAAUUGAAGAACCUGUUAUGAUUGUAACUGGAGAAGGUAAUGGAGCAGAUUGUGAAAGUCAGUUUGUAAAAAGAGCGGAAGGCAGAGAUAAUAUGUAUUUUUAUGAUUAUAACAUUAGAAAUUUAGCAUCAUUUGAACAAGAAAUUAGUGUAAGUGAAACUGUUAGUGAAGAAAUAGUAGAACCUCUUAUGUUUAUAACUGGCGAAGGCAAUGGAGCAGAAUGUGAUAGCACUUACAUUAUUGGUGACGAAAUUGCAGAGGAAAUAAUGUAUUUUUUUGGUGAAGGAAGUGGGUAUGAGAAUGAUACAGGAAAUCCAGAGGUUAUUGAACAACAACAUAGUGCUGAAGAAAACACAGAUGCUGAAAAUGGUAACGAAGAAGGUGUGAAUGGUGAACAUGAUGUUCCUAACUUAACAAACAGUGCUAAAGUAGUUAAAAAUAUCAAAUUAAAAAGCAAUACUGUAAAUAAAAGAACACUUAAAAAACCUAAUAAUGAUAAUAAUGAUACAGAAGUGAUAAAAUCAGAACCUAAAAAACCCUGUGUUCGUAAUGUAGAUCCUUCUGAUUGUCCUAAUUCAAACAAGUUGACAGAAAGUACCACUGAUAGUAGAGAGAGCAGUGUUAAUGAUAAAAAUAACACAGAAAAUGACAAUCAAAGAAAAAACAAUGUCAAGAAAGGUAAAGUAAAGAAAAGAAGAGAUUCAGGUAAUAAAUUAAAAUUAAAUGAUGGGACAGAAGUUUCAAAUUCUGUAACAGAAAGUGAUAAUUGUCACGACAGUAAAGCUAGUUCUAUAGAAAAAAGGAAAAGUAGUGUUUCGUCAGUAGACCAUGAUGAGAAUGAUCAUGCUGAAAGUGAAAAGGAGAAAAGCCCAGAUAAUGAAGUUAAAGUUGAGGAUCCCUUACCUCCAAAGAAACUUCGCCUAGACACUCCCGAAAGCGAUGUUACGUAUUCUUAUACUAAUGAAACUCUGAAUAGUAAUAACAAAAGUGUAAAUGAAAUAAAUUCUGAUAGCAAGGUCAAAGCUAAAACCGAGGAUUUGGAAAACUCAGUAUCACUACGUAAGAAGAUCAAAGCUAAUAAAGGUAAAUUCAAACGAAAAAGAAUUUUAAAGGUGAAAACAGAGAAUGACGCUGAAAAGGACGAAAGUGAUAAUAAUACUAGUAUCAAGGAGACAAAAUUGAACAAAUCACUAAAACGGACUCUACUUGAUGCCACUUUGAGUGACAAGAACAAAUCAGAAUCUCAGAGUGAGAGCGAAGAAGAUGAGCCUAUAACUCGAGGGAAACGCCUAAAGUUUAAACCUAAGAAAAUCAUUACAUCAUCCAGGAAAAAAGUGGAAGCCAAACUGCAAGAAAAGCAGUCUAGUGACGAAUCAGAGGAAGAAACACUUUAUAGUAUAGCUGGCAAAAAGUCGACAAAGAAAGUUUUAAAACGGAAACCAAAGGGUAAAGAGAAGGGCAAAGAUAAAAAGAAAGAGAAAGUAGAAAAAGGCGAGAGUGGGGCGAAGUCUGAGGAUUCCGACGCGGCGCCGGUGCGGCAGUCGCGUCGUAUCGCGCAAAUGAAGAUCAAGGAAGAGGCGGAGAGAAGGCAUCUGGAGGAGGUGGCGUUGCGAGAGAUGAAAAUGAUACACAAGAAAAAGAACAAAGACGAUGAAGAAGAAUGGCAGGCCAGUGGUAGCAGUUCCGAGGGAGAAAAGGGGAGAGGUGUUACACGGCGUAAGGACAAGUGGCGCGGCGGAGACUCCACUGGCCCUGACCAGGAGUCUGAGUCUGACGAGCCUCUGUUCGAGCUGCAUGAGGAGCCCGACCCUGUUGAUACCACAAAAUCCGACCACGAAUUUUCUCCAGAGUCAGACUUGGAAAGUGGAGAACCAAUUGAACCAGUAAAGAGAGUGAGGACACUGCAAGAAGGAAAAGAAGAUGGCGUUUGUGCGCGUUGCGGCAGCGGUGAGCAACCCGAAUGGAUUCUUUUAUGUGAUCAAUGCGACGCCGGCUAUCAUGCCAGCUGUCUCAAGCCAAUGCUGUUUCUUGUCCCUGAAGGAGAUUGGUACUGCCCACCUUGCAAUCAUAAUAUGUUAAUAGCGUCUUUAGAAAAAGAACUGACUAAAUACGACGAACUAGUGGUACAAGUGGAGGCGGAGAGAGUCCGGCGGAAACAGGAAGAACCAGAAAAGCAGAGCGAAGACGAAAACAUAGAAAAGGAAAAGAGCGAGGAAAAAUCUCAGUCAGAGGGCGAGAGCAGCAGCAGCGGCUGGUCGUCGUCGUCGUCGUCGGGCGCGGUGUACCGGCUGCGCGCGCGCAAGCAGCUGCCCGUGUCCUACCGCAGCCAGGAGUACGACCGCCUCAUCUCCUCCGCUAUCAAGGAAGAAUACGUAGAACCUACGACCAGUGCGGGCAACCAAGGGCGCGGCAAAGACAUCUCAACAAUCAUUGAGGCGGCAGAGGAGGAGAAAAUGAAGGCUGAGAGGGAAGCGGUUGAACAGGGUAAACCUCUCGAAGCGAAGAAGCUGCGCAAGAAGACCCGCCGCAAGCCGCGGAAGCUCAACUCGCUGGAGGUGCCUUCCGAAGACGAUGACGAGACCGACGAGGACUUCAAGGAGACCGGGAUCGAAUCGUCAUCGGAGGACAUUUCGUCAUCAGCAGAGCGAGACAGUACCAGCGACUCCCAGUCCUCAGACAAUCUGCCCAUCAGGCGCACUGGGAGAACUGAUAAGAAAGAUCGUCCAAAACUAGCCGAGUCGUCACCAGAAGUAAAGAAGAAAAAGAAAGGCGUAUUCGAAGACAGUUCCAGCGAGUCUGCCGGGGCCCAGGAGUGGUCAAAAGAAGAAGGGAAGAAAUCCAAAUCCAAAUCAAAACCGCCACGGCCGAAGCGAGACAAAUCGUCGAAGAAGUCUCGAAAGCGCAGCGGUCUGACGCAGUACGACGCGGCCGGGAACGUAGUGCGAGCGCGAGUCACGUAUGGCGGCCUCAGCGACGAGGGGCCCAACGACUGGUCGCCCAAACACCGCACCAGGCAGAAGAAGAUCAACUACACGGAGAUGCCCAACACGGAGUCUGAGGACGAGAUGCACAAGUCGAGCGGCAAGCACAUGCCGGACAGCUCGGACGAGUUCAAAGUGGACGACUCCGACCUCACGUCGGACUCGGACGGCGGCGCGCGGCGCAAGUCGGUGGACGAGGAGAAACAGAAGGCGCUCAACGAUCUCAUUUGCAAGACCGCCGUCGUGCCGCUGGAGAAACUACCCGAGGAUAUAACUAAAGCCAAGACUGAACAGUUGGAGGAGCAUCUCAAAGCGCAACAAGACGCGCUAGAAGCCAGCAGCGUGCCGUGGUCGGAGGGCAGCGUGCGCGGCGCGCGGGGCGGCGGGCGGGGCGGCGCGCGGGGCGCGGGGCGGGGCGGGGGGCGCGGCCGCGGCCGGGGGCGCCCCGCCGCCACUGACGACGCGCUCGCCAAGCUCGUCGGCGUCAAGAUCAAAGAUCUCAAGACUGACGGCACUCCACUAAAACCCAAUGAUGUUGAACGUGCGAAGAAACGUCAGGAACGCGAAGCGAAGCAAGCGGAGAAGGAAGCGAGAAGGGCCGAGCGACUACAGAAGAAGGAAGAGAAGGAGAAACUCAAGGAGCAGAAAGCGAAAGAGCGGGAGGAGAAGAAGAUGGCGCGACUGGCGUUGCAGGAGAGCAAGCGCAUGAAGAAGGAGAAGGUGGAGUUCCCGGCGGCGGGCGCCGCGCCUGCGCACUUCCACGCGCACGAACAACAACGCUACCCGCAGCAGCCGCGGUUGCAGGUGCGACCGGAACUGCGCGGUGUUGCGGGCCCCGAGGAGCGUUUGCACGUACUACGAGAAGGUACCCUGUCGGUAGCGGGAUCGCCGCAACCUUUCAAACCAGUGACGGAAGAACCCAGUAUUAUCACGCGAAUGCCGCACAUGAUCAACCAGCAAUAUCGGGGGCCUAUGAUGUAUCCACAAGGCAACUCUCCGUACGGUCCGCGCGGGCAGAACAUGAUGUACUCCAUGCAUCACCCGGGCAUGAACCCCGCCGCCAGGCAUCAGUACCCGCCCGGGUACUACCCGCCGCAGAUGCGGGCCUUACCUCCUGCCUACCCCCCCACGUCCAGCCCCGGGCCCGGGCCACACGGGUCACACUUACCGCCCGGACAUCCCUCGCAGCGGCCACUCGGGCCUGCCGGGCAUCCCGGCCCACGGCCUCCACCCGGACAUCAGCACGGACCACACGGACCGCCAGGACACCCGCCUGGCGGACCACACGGACAGCCGGUUCAUUCACCCGGCGGACUACAUGGGCCACCGGGACAUCCACCUGGCGGACCACAUGGACCUCCCGGCGCAUCACACGGACCCCCCGGCGGGCCACAUGGCCCUCCCGGCGGCCCGCACGGUCCACCCGGACAUUCGUUUGGUGGCCAUCCUGGUCACUCGCCGGGCGGCCCGCACGGUCCCCUCGGGCCGAAUUCUCACGGGCCGCCCACCCAUCCGCUCCACGGGCAACUGAGAGCCACCAUGGGCGCGCACGGGCCUCACGGUCCCCACGGCCCGCUCAGGCCGCACUCGCGCGGCUCCCCGGGGCUGGUGGGCGGGCCGCCCCACCCGCCGUCCCCGCUGGCUGCCGCGCCGCGCCCCGCCGCGCCCACGCCGCCCGCCGCCGACGGAGAGCCUCCGAUCAAGAUAAAAGCGGAAGUGAAGACCGAGCCCGAGUAUCGCACGCCGCCCUCCUCGCCGCGGCCGCCGUCGCCGCGCGAGGACCCGCCGCGGAACCACCCCAAGAUCAAGCACACCGAGAACAAGGACCGGCGGCCGCGCUUCCCGCUCGGGCCGUACGCGCCGCAGUACGGGCCGUACGGGCCCUACGCGCCGCCGCAGGAGCCGCCGAUGCCGCGCCCGCCGCCCGGCGCGCACCCGCUGCAGCGCAUGCAGCAGCUGCACCGCCUGCUGCCCGCCGCCAGCCCGCCCGCAGACCCUCCCUAUCUGAGCGCACACAUCCGCUCUUCGCGCCCGCCCUACUUCGCCCCGCCCAUGCGGCCGCCCCCCGACCGCUCCAGCCCGCACUACCCCCAAUCGCCCUACGAUCCGCAGAGAUCCGCGCUCAGCAAACAGUUAGCGGCGCCGCCGACGAUGCCGCUGUUAUCGCGGGAGCGUCUCGAACGACUGUCUUCUCCGCCGGGGCCGGCUCCGCCGGGGCCGGCUCCGCCAACUCCGCCGGGACCGGGAAUGUCAUCUUCGCCGGGACCGGGAGCACCUUCCCCGCUGGGAUUGGGACCACCUGCUCCACUAGGAUCAAGAGUGCCUCCUCCAUUAGGGUCGGAAGCGCCUUCUCCGCUGGGACCGGGAGCACCUCAUCCGCUGGGAUCGGGAGCGCCUCAUUCGCUAUUACCGGGAGCGCCUCCUGCACUAGGAUCGGGAGCACCUUCCCCUCUUGGACCGGGAGGGCCUCAUCCGCUGAGACCGGGAGCACCUCAUCCGCUAGGACCAGGAGCGCCUCCACUAGGCUCGGGAGCACCUUCUCCGCUGGGCCCGGAAGCGCCUCCUCCACUAGGAUCGGGAGCACCUUCCCCGCUGGGACCGGGAGCGCCUCAUCCGCUGGGCUCAGGAGCGCCUCCUCCACAAGGAUCGGGAGCACCUUCCCCGCUGGGACCGCGAGCGGCUCAUCUACUGGGCCCGGGAGCGCCUUCUCUAAGAUCGGGAGCACCUUCCCCGCUGGGCCCGGGAGCGCCUCCUCCACUAGGAUCGGGAGCGCCUUCCCCGCUGGGCCCAGGAGCGCCUUCCCCGCUGGGCCCAGGAGCGCCUUCUCCACUAGGAUCAGGAGCGCCUUCCCCGCUGAGACCGGGAGCGCCUCCGCUAUUAGGAUCGAGAGCGCCUUCCCCGCUUGGACCGAGAGCGUCGCACGGACCGGGAAUUUCCCCUCUGACAAGACCGGGGGCACCUCCGACCUUCGGACAAGGAGCGUCUACUUCUCCGGGACCGAGGCUACCUCCUUCGAUGGGACCGAUAUUACCUCCCCCUACGGCAUCAGAGAUCCCUCCAUCAAUAGGACCGGGUAUACCGCCGUCGGGGUCGGAGAUAGGUCCUGCGUUGGGACCGAGAAUUCCUACUCCACCGGCGCCGAGAAUUCUCCCGCCAGAAACGGAGUUACCUCUCACAAUGAGACCGGGAUUGCCUGCCCCGCCAGCAGCAGCCCCGGCCGCGGCCGAGCCCCCGGCGGGGCCGGCGGCGGGGCAGGCGGCGGGGCCGGAGGAGCGCGAGGAGGGCAGCGUGUUCGGCGGCCUCGUCAGCUACUUCUCGAGCCAGCGCGAGGACGACAUAGACGCCUAGAGUGCGCCUAGCGUGCGUUGUAAAUAAUAUCGUAUUAGAUAAUUUUAUUUAUGCGAUGAC